AUGUCGAAAGUCAUCAAGAAUGUCGCGCUUGCAGGUGCAACUGGUAGUCUUGGCUCUAUUGUCCUAGCUAGCCUUGUCAACGACAGCGAAUUCAAUGUUACUGUCAUUGCUCGCAAGGACGGUCAGUCAGUCCCCAAGGGCGUGUCAAUCAAGAUCGUCGACACGGACUCUGUCGACGCCAUCACCGAAGCACUCCGUGGCCAAGAUGCUCUUAUCGAUGCAACAUCUGGUCCGGACUCUACGCUUGGUAUGCGAUUCAUUGAUGCCGCAGCUGCUGCAGGCGUAUACCGUGUCAUUCCAGGCGAGUUCAGCGCCGAUGUCCAGAGCGCUGAAGCUCGCUCUCCACUGGUUUUCCACGGAAAAAAUAUGGCUUUUGAGCACCUGAAGAAGCUAUCUGCUGAGGGCAAGAUUACGUAUACAACCAUUUCCAAUGCAGCCUUCCUAGACUGGAACCUGCGUACUGGCUUCAUCAAUAUCGACAUUCACAACAAGAAAGUUCAGUACCUAAAUGACGGCACUGACGUAUUUCCGUGGACACAUCUUUCGUCCGUCGGCACUGCAGUGGUCAAUGCGCUUGCGAAACCCCAGGAAACAGAGAAUCGGGCUUGCUACAUUUCAAACAUUAGAAAGAGUCAGAAGCAGAUGGUUGACCUCGCCAAGGAUAGCCUAGGGGCUGAUGGCUGGGAUGAAUCGACUAUUGAUGCGGAGAAAGCACUAAAAGCUGCAGCAGAGAGUAUGCUUUCCGGUACCAUCAACAUGCAGGUUAUCGGAGAUAUGAUUCGGUGGUCGUGUACAGUCUACUCCCCUCGCUGGGAGCAGCAGGAUGAUAAUAAGUUGUUGGGCGUAAGGAACCUGACUGAUGAUGAGGUGAUGAAGUUGAUCAAGGAAAUUGCUGCAGAGAAGAAGUAG